CUUCUGAGCUAGCGUAGUCGUAGCCCCGCCUCCUCAUUCGUCUCGGAUCUGCUGGCCAGCGGUUUGGGAGCCCACAGGUUUGCUCCGAAAGUAAAGGAUGCGCACCUGGGCUGGACCACAGUUCUCUGCACUCUCCCAAGAGCCACAGAAAAUGAACACACCUCAGGCAUCAGUGUCAUUCAAGGACAUAACUGUGGAGUUCACCCAGGAGGAGUGGCGGCAAAUGGACUCUGCUCAGAGGACUCUGUACAGAGAUGUGAUGCUGGAGAACUACAGCCACCUGGUCUCAGUGGGGUACUGCUUUACAAAACCAGAACUGAUCUUCACAUUGGAGCAAGGAGAAGACCCAUGGUUAUUUAAGAAAGAAUUUCUAAGAAAAGUCUCCCCAGAAGAAUACCAACCUAGUCAACUCUCAGAGAAGAGCCUAGAAAACCAAGGCAAAUAUUUGUGGCAAGUUUUAUUCACCAACAGAUCAUUGACUACAGAGGAAGAGUUUUCAGGAAAACCAUGUAAUCUGGACAUAAACAAUUUAACUCCAAGAACAAUGCCCUAUAAAUUUGACAGUACAGGACCUGCUUACCUACAUCUCAGCUCAGUGGCUCCACAUUGUCAGUAUUCAAGAAAGAAGGCUCAUGAGCUUAAUGUAUGUGAGAAAUGGCUCCUCAGUAUUAAAGAGGGAAGAACUAAUACUGGAGAGAAGUCUUUUGUUUGUAGUAAAAACGUGGAAGCCUUUAGUCAUAAAGAGAAGGUUACUCAGUAUCAGACAAUUCAGACUUUGCAGCAAGCUUCUGAAUACAAUGAAUGUGGAAAAGCUUUCCUUGAAAAGACUGUCCUCAUUACAUCUAAGAGUACCCACCCAAAAGUGAAAUCUUAUAAAUUUAAUAAAUUUGGGGGAAAACAAUGUGAUAAGUCAACUUUUAUGGUCUCUCAUAGCAAUAAUCCAGAGGAGAAGAGUCAUUAUGAGCUUAAUGAAUAUGAAUGUACUGAAAACAGAAAUAAUUUCAGUAGGGUCACUCAGAAAACUGACACAGAAGGGAAAUCUUUCAACCAAAAAUCACAAAUUAGAGAACAUCAGAAAGUUGACAUAGGAGUGAAACCCUUUGAAUAUGGAAAGAAUUUCAACCGUAAUUCAGCCCUCCCAGUGCAUCAGAGAACUCACACAACAGACAGAUCUGAUUAUGACACAUGUACAGAGACAUUAGUUUGUCAGUCAGCUUUCAACAUACAUCAGAGAACUCCUAUAACAGAGAAACCAUAUGAAUGUAAUGAAUGUGGAAAAUCCUGCUCUAUGAAUUCAUUUUUGAUUCAGUCUCUAGCAAGUCACACAGGGGAGAAACCCUAUGAAUGUCACACAUGUGGGAAAGCUUUCAGUGAGAAGUCACGCCUAAGAAAACAUCAGAGAACUCACACAGGAGAGAAACCAUAUAAAUGUGAUGGUUGUGAGAAGGCUUUCAGUGCAAAGUCAGGCCUAAGAAUACAUCAGAGAACUCACACAGGGGAGAAACCUUAUGAAUGUAAUGAAUGUGGGAAAUCUUUCAACUAUAAGUCAAUCCUCAUAGUACAUCAGAGAACUCACACAGGGGAGAAACCUUUUGAAUGUAAUGAAUGUGGAAAAUCUUUCAGCCACAUGUCAGGCCUAAGGAAUCAUCGGAGAACUCACACAGGGGAAAGACCUUAUAAAUGUGAUGAAUGUGGGAAGGCUUUCAAACUGAAGUCAGGUCUAAGAAAACAUCACAGAACUCACACAGGAGAGAAGCCCUAUAAAUGCAAUCAAUGUGGGAAAGCUUUUGGUCAAAAAUCACAACUCAGAGGACAUCAUAGAAUUCACACAGGGGAGAAACCCUACAAAUGUAAUCAUUGUGGGGAAGCUUUCAGCCAGAAAUCAAACCUCAGAGUGCAUCACAGAACUCACACUGGGGAGAAACCCUAUAAAUGUGAUGAGUGUGGAAAAACUUUCAGGCAGAAAUCAAAUCUCAGAGGACAUCAGAGAACUCACACAGGGGAGAAACCCUAUGAAUGUAAUGAGUGUGGAAAAGCUUUCAGUGAGAAAUCGGUCCUAAGAAAACAUCAGAGAACUCACACAGGGGAAAAACCCUAUAAUUGUAAUCACUGUGGAGAAGCUUUCAGCCAGAAGUCAAACCUCAGAGUCCAUCAGAGAACUCACACAGGGGAGAAACCCUAUAAAUGUGAUAAAUGUGGGAAAACUUUCAGCCAGAAAUCAAGCCUUAGAGAACAUCAGAAAGCCCACACAGGGAGUUAAACAUAUGAAUGUUAAGAAUAUGGAAAAACUUUGAGCCAGAAAUCAAAUCUCACAAUACAAAAGAGAAAGAAUCCUAUGAAUACAAUCAACACUUGCAAGUUCCUCUGUAAGAUACCAACCUUCACAAACAUCAGAGAACUUAACAGGACAGAAAUUCUUGGAAUAUAUUUUCUAUGGGCAGUAUUUCACCCAGAGUGCCGUCCUCAUUAUGGAUCAGAGAACUCAGCCAGCAAAGAAAAUGUAAAGAUAAUGAAUGUGAAAAAUACUCUGUACUCAAUCCUCAGAAAAAUCACACUGCAGAAAAGCUCUGGGAAUGAUCUGAUCCAGGACCACACUGUAUUUGACGUCACUCCCAUUUACCGGCUUCCGUCCUCCCUGGCUGUGCGGACGCGCCGGGUUUGCCCUCAGGUGAGAGAGGCCUACUCCGCACGCCGGGAGGGAGAGGGGCGGGCUCGUGCCCAGAGGAAGGGACCACGAUGUCUCGGGAACUCCCCGUUCACCCCAAGUGCCGACCCCGGCAGGAACGUAGACCUGGCAAAGACGGGUGGGUGUGGGCUCCAGGGGCCCAGAUGGGGCGAGUGUUGUCGGAAGAUGUUCCCUGCAGACUGGGGUGCGGGAGCUGACUGCAGCGGGAGCGGGGAAGAUCCAGGCCGGCGGCGGGAGGAAAGAGCCAGACUUGGUGAUGUCACCACAUCCAGAAGCCAUCACAGACUGUAUGACAGUGGAAACUGGUCCAGCUUGCAGAAGGUGAUUUCUAUCUCUGACUCUUUUGAAACUUUUAAAAAACUGGAGCCUCAGAUGUAUGUCCCCUGGUCACCCAGGACAGAGCUAGGAGGAAAGCAUAGUGCUGUUCAUUCUGUCACACCUUAUCCUUCACAGUUGUCCGUACUCUCCCAACAACAGCAGAAAAUGGACACAACUCAGGCAUCAGUGUCAUUCAAGGACGUGACUGUGGAGUUCACCCAGGAGGAGUGGCAGCAAAUAGGUCCAAUUCAGAGGACCCUGUAUAGAGAUGUGAUGCUGGAGAACUACAACAACCUGGUCUCAGUGGGGAACUGCAUUUUCAAACCAGCAGUAAUCUUCAAAUUGGAGCAAGGAGAGGAGCCUUGGUUCUUAGAAGAAGAAUUCUUAAACCAGAGCCACCAAGAAGAUUACAGAGAUGAUUACCUGAUCAAGAGGAACAAGAAAAUCAAAGACAACCACUUUCAGGAAGUAAUAUCCAUUGAUAAUAAACUAUUGACUGGAGAGGAAGAGGAAAUUUUGGGAAAACAGUUUAAUCUGCACAUAGCUCCUGUUUCAACAAAAAUGUCCUGUAAAUAUGACUCAUGGGGAGUAAAUUUGCAAAAUAUUUCCCAAUUUAUCAUUAAUAGAAACUAUUCAACAAAAAAACCAGAUUGCUGUAGUGUAUGUGAAAAUUUGUCUUUCAAAAUUAAGUUUGAGAGAAAUCACACUGGAGAGAAGUUAUAUGAAUAUAAUAGAAGUGGGGAAGCUUUCAGUUAUAAGGAAAAUCCUCCUGAGAGUCAAAAGUGUCAAACGUUGGAGCAAGCUUUUAAAUAUAAUGAAAUUGGAAAAACCAUCUAUGAUGAGGCUGCCUGUGUUACACAUAAGAAUAUUCACACAGGAGAAAAAUCCUAUAAAAAUGAUGGAUUUAGGGGAAAAAAUGAAAAAACAACUGUCUUUAACUAUAAAACAACUGGGACAGGGGAGAAAUACCCUCAUCUUAACCAAUGUGGGAAAUCCUUCUGUGAGAAGUCAGCUCUCAAGGAAUACAAUAAAUUCAACAUGGCUGUGAAACAUGAAUGUAAUGCAAGUGGGAAUAAUUUCUACAGGAAGUCAUACUUCACUCAACCUCAGAUACCUGUCACAGAAGAGAACUCAUUAGUAUGUAAUGACAGAAGACAAACUGGGGAUAAAUCCUUUGAAUAUCAUGAAGAUAGGAAAUCCUACCACAUAUCAGCCCACAAAGUACGACAGCGAAGUCACUCUGAAGUAAAACCCUAUAAGUGUAAUGAAUGUGGUAAAUCUUUCUUUCAAAAAGGACAUCUCAUUCAACAUCAGAGAACUCACACAGGAGAGAAACCAUUUGAAUGUAAUGAAUGUGGAAAAACCUUCUCCCAGAAGUCACACCUCAGUACACAUCAGAGAAUUCACAGAGCAGAAAAACCCUAUAAGUGUAAUGAAUGUGGGAAAACAUUUGUCCAGAAGUCAACCCUCAGGGGACAUCAGAGAAUUCAUACAGGAGAGAAGCCUUAUAAAUGUAGUGAAUGUGGGAAAACUUUUGUUCAAAAGUCAACCCUCAGAGAUCAUCACAGAAUUCACACAGGAGAGAAAUCCUUCCAGUGUAAUGAAUGUGGGAAAACUUUUGGUCAGAAGUCAAACCUCAGAAUACAUCAGAGAACACACAGUGGUGAGAAAACAUAUCAGUGUAACGAAUGUGAAAAAUCGUUCUGGCGAAAAGACCAUCUCAUUCAACAUCAGAAAACACACACAGGAGAGAAACCUUUUAAAUGUAAUGAAUGUGGGAAAACUUUUGCCCGGACAUCAACCCUUAGAGUGCAUCAAAGAAUUCAUACUGGGGAGAAACCAUUUAAAUGUAAUGAAUGUGGGAAAAAAUUUGUCCGGAAGGCAAUCCUUAAUGAUCAUCAGAGAAUUCAUACAGGAGAGAAACCUUUUCAGUGUAAUAAAUGUGGGAAACCUUUUGGCCAGAAAUCAAACCUCAGAAUACAUCAGAGAAUUCACAGUGGGAAAUCUUAUAAAUGUAAUGAAUUUGGAACAUUGUCUAAGAAGUCAACCCUAAAUAUUUACCAGAGAAUUCAGGGAGGGAGGGAAAUCCUGUUGAUAUAACUGUGGAAAAUCAUUGUGGCUGAAUCCAUUUGACUCCAGAAAAUCCACACAAGAGAGGAACCACAUACAUAUGAAUGUAGGAAAACCUUUAUCCAAAAAGCAACCUUGAAUAUAUAUCAGAGAAUGCACACAGGCUGAUACUCCUUUCAAGAUACUAUGGAAAGCCCUCUUGAAAGAAGCCAUGCCUUUUAAGAUAACUCACACAUAAUUGUCUGGGUCUCCCUUUCCUCCAAAUAGGGCUGGUGGACUUUGAAUGUUCAUGUUGUAUGCCGUAUCUAGUUCUGACAAAAGACCUCCCUGACAAACUACAGGGAUACUGUCAGAAUAAAACAGAGAUGACCCAAGACAACCUUGGGUAUCAUGCUUCAACAUGGCACAGCUUUUAUAAGAUAAAAGGGUGCCUGGAAUAUGUGGAACAAAAUUCUCAUUCCCAUCUUUACCAUUUGAACAUUUUAUAAUUAAGAAGUAAGCUUUUGUUCUAUUAAGCUCUUAAAUGUUUAGGUCUAUUUGCUUUUGAACAUAAUUUAGCCAUCCCUCUGCUGGGGAGGUAGAAAACUAUUUGAGUAAGCCAAGCUUAUGUCAGCCAGCGGGUAUAACACUUAUUAAAGUUUGGUGUUGGGAGGAGUCUCUCAAAGAUCAUCAAAGAAUUCAUUUAAAAAAAAAUCACCUUCUUUCAAUGUAAUGAAAUAAAUAAUACACCUGUAACAGGGCUUUCGAUGAACCAAAAGGUUGAAAGGUUUUUUGGUUAAAAUAUGAGUAUACCUCAUGCAACUAAAGUAAAUGUGGCUUGUUUAAUGUCAUGAAGCCACUCUCCUUCCACACUUCCUUUUACCUCCAUAUACCCCAAUAUUCGCUGCUUUAGGGGAGAGAAAUUUUCCUGUCUCCAAAGGGAACACAAGGCCAUUGACACCCACCCAAGUAUUUGAGGGAACUUUGAGGGAGGAAAGGGGUCCAAACUUUUCUGGAUCUAUGAGAUAUAAGUGCCCAAGUCAACAUCUUACAAUUUCCAUGGGAUUAGACGGUAUCUAGUUUUAGAAAAUGUUGUUAGGGCAGGGUUUACAGUAGGGAAGGGAAAUGAAUUUGAUCUUGGAAUAAAGGAGGCCCUUUAGGCCAGUACAGUAUACUGGGAUUAUUUCUAAAUCUGAAAGUAUAGUAGGAAUGUGUUCUAUGCUAUACUUCCCCUUCCCAUAACUCAGAGGAGAUUCUCCUAGUCAGGAAAAGUUGUGUGUAAAGAAGAUAACUUUGAGGUCUCACAGCCCUUAAUGACUACUUUGGGCUUCAAGUCUCUGUGACUUGUCAUUCUGUUGAUUGGAAUUUCUAGCAAAAGGAGAUGUCCUUAGGGUGGGGGAGAAGGGUUAUUUGACUUGAUACCCUAAUGAGGCUAUGAAGUAUACUCCUUUUGUAAAGCAGCCAUUAGCUUACUCUUGGGCUCUUUUACACUAGACACCUGACUCUGACUUGAUAUUCCAAUUUUAGGGUGUCAUCUUGAACUUAACUGGCUAACAAGAUGUAAAGUACUCAGGCCUCAUACCUGUGUAGAAUGCACAUGGUAUAUUUAAGAAUACAGCUGUCCUGGUCCCAGAAGUAUCUCAGCUGUACAUGAGGUGAUAGCAGCUAUCCCUUACAGAGGAAAUUUAUCCCCCACUCUGCUGCAUGAAGCAAAGCUACUGGCUCAGUAGGGCCCUCAGUUCAUAGAGGUUACUCUAAUUGGGCCUGGUUCACUGAAAGGCUAGUGAGAACCACUUGGGCACUGUGACUAGUCAACCUUAUUGCCAUUAAUGCAGACCUAAAAAUUGAUGUAGCUGAUCCUCUCAAGGGGCAGGACACAAGGAUGUUCUUAACUCUAGCAGAUAUUCCCUUUGAUAACAACUUCUGGCAUUUUUAUUUUGGGUUCUUACUGUGCCUAGCUGCUUGACACACUGGCAGUAAAACUGCAGACUGACAAAAGCACCCCUUUUUGGUGCUGUGAACUGUAGGGAAAAGUCAUAGCUGUUGACAUCUGGGUUGUUAGACUAGGUGCUCUUGGUAAGUGACUAUUCUAUGGUAAUACGAGUGGAACCAAGCUGCUGAGUAAGACUUCACUACCCUGAUUGCCAGCAUUGCUACCUGGAUCCAUCAUCAUACUGAUAGAGCAAAAUAUUCACCAUUUUAACUGCAUACAAAGUAAAGGUCUCUAUAUGUUCAGUGCUUCCUUUGAUGUCAUUUGACCUAAUACAAUUUUUUCUUUUGUAUUAAUAUCCAGUGCUCCACAUACGAUAUGAUAAUUCACCCCUUUCCUAAUGAUUUUAAAUCUGUUCAUAUUCUAAAUUGCCAUUUGUAAAGAUAUUGCACAGAGCUGCUCAUGACCCAUUCCCUACAUUCUGUUAUACUAGCAACAUAUCCACCUUUUGGGAUCAGGGCUAGCGUAUACCUCAUAUGAGCCAAAAUAUUCCUUUUCUAGCCUGAUACUGAAUUUUUUCACUAAAGAGUAUUUGAAUCAAGAAAAAGAAAAUAUGCCCUAGGACUACAGAAAUGGAACAUCAGACGCCGGUUAAAUUAUUACUCUAGAGCUGCCAAUGGCCUUGCAAAGAUGCAUCUGCAAAAAGAGAAGAUAAUAUCUAGUUAGUGCUAUAUUCCCUAAAAAUAAUCAAGAGAUUAUUGUUCACUCUGCUUUUAUAAUAGUUGGUAAUAUAAAGAGUCCUUCUUUCUUAGUUUCUUAAGUUUCAGUUUCUUAAGAUAUUUAGAAUCAUCACCCUUUUUUAUAUAUAAUCUUUUAGAAUUGUGAUUGGAUUUGCUAUUAAGUUCAAGAUCAUCUACCCAUCAGGAUGAAAUAAGUCCACCCAGGUAGUCUGAGUCACUCAUUGGGAGUACAGGUGACAAAGUCCCAUGAUUGGACACUUAGGCUUUACCUGCUGUCCCCUUGCUGGGGUAGGCCCACAGGACAACUCCCUGUAUAAUACAUUAUUAACUGGAGACCAUGGUCUGUGCUAUAGCCAUGAGUGCUUCUUUCUCCCUACUUGGCUAAUGACCUUUCCAGGUCAUGGGCUUUUAUUCCAACAUGGAUGCCACAUCUAGAGACCCUGGAAGAGUCAAUUUUCUGUCUGCCUGCCUAUUACAGACCUUUAUGCUAAUUUUAAAAAGCCUCCAUUGAGGGCAGGAAUUUUUAUGUUUUGUUCAUAAUGUGUAUCUCAAGCAACUGAAACAGACCCUCUACAUAUUGCUCACUCAGAAAUACUUCCUGAAGGUGAAAUUAUCAAAGUGAAAUCUGAAUAUAUUUUCUUUUGAUGCUGCAAAUGAUCUUCUGUGAUUAUUCAUAAUUUAUUAUAAAUAGUUAAGGAAAACUAUUGCUAUAAGCUCCACUGAAAGACUCUUCUGUUCUGGAUAUUUUCUAAAGUUGAUAAAAGAAACGUGUUAUUAAUGUUCAGCAGUGUACAGUUCUUCAAAUAUUUGUCACCCAAAAUAAGAUUUAUUUUCAGUAAACUAGAAUUCCCAAUUCAAAAUUAUGCCUACAUAUCAGUUUUUAUUAGCAUUGUAGAGUGCAGGCAUUUUUUUUUUUUACCUCUUUUGUUUGUUUUUAGCUUUGCUUCUACUAAUUCAAGCAAUUUUGCAAAACAAUAGUGAUAGUAAAUCAGAUUUUCAAGAUCCAACCAGAAGAAAAAGGAACUGGUUCUUGGGGUCAUCCCUUUACUCCAUUGUGCCAGUAGUUCCACUUGUUUUUAAUUUCCAAAUAAUUCUCUUGGCAGCUCCAAAAAGAAGUAUUUUCUCAGGUUCAAGGAUCUACUGAGAGAGGUGUCUGAUGCCAAAAGAAGGGGCAUAACACUUGUUCUGAGCUGCCUCCAUAUUUGUCUUUCCUUGCCAGGUGUGUAAUACUUUUUCUUCCUCACAUUAAAGGUUCCUAGGAACUCCAGAAGAAAUACAUCAUGACUUUUUAUGAGGGCAGCUUCACACUAUAAUGAGGGAGAAACAAAUUUAUUUUCUUCUUAGAGACAGCACAAUCUCCAAGUACCAUUAGCUUGCCUGGCCAACUGGCUAUUUUAAUGAUCUUUCAGUAUUCUAAAAAACUGACUUCCAGGAGCCCCUGACUGGCUCACUUCAUAGAACAUGGGACUCUUCAUCUCGGUCAUGAGUGCAAGCCCUGCAUUGGGCAUAGAGCCUACUUAACAAAAAAAAAACACUGCCAAAUCCCAGAACAGUAUAAUUAGCUUAACUACCAGAUGAUUGACUCUUAUACAUAAUUAAAAUAAGCUAAGAAACUAA